UGUGACUCUUGAUCUCAGGGUUCCAGGUUCCAGCCCCACCUAGGGUGUAGAAAUUACUCAAAAUAAAACGCAAAAAAAAAAAAAAAAAAAAAAAAAAGAUGAGCAGGUGACCCCAAAGUACUCCCCUCCUAAUAUCCAGCCGAGAGGCUUGGCCAGCCCGCAACUGGGCCGCCCCUCUGCACAGCGUUAGCCAAUGAAAGCGGUGGUGUGGAACGCGGACGGUUUCCAUGGGAGCGCUGGAAGGAGGGGGCGGGGCAGAAGUUACCCAGCAACCGGGAAAUGCUGAGAGGCCCCGCCAAGCGGUCGGAAAGUGCAUUCUCCCAGAGCCCGGGGAACCCGUGCUGACGGAUCCAGGACCGGGGCAAUUGCUAUUUGCCACCCUAAUCCCCAGGGACCCUAGGCCCCAACCCAGUCAUGACGUCUCCCCUGUGCUGGGCGGCCUCCACCAACAUCCCGCCUUCUCAGGACCAGGUUUCGACCUCCCGCAAGGUCCAGGGCAGUCAGACUAAGGCCCAGCACAGUCACUCCCAAGUAAAGGGUGUGCCCCAGGCCUGGCUUCCACUCCAUUCCAAGGCGGGACCCCUCCAUGUCCUUCGGGGCAAGUCUGCUGUGCACACGCAGGUGGCAGAGUUACAAAGGAAGAUACAACUGUUAGAGGGUGACCGGAAGGCCUUUUAUGAGAGCACCCAGUGGAACAUCAAGAAGAAUCAGGAGACCAUCAACCAGCUCCAGGAGGAGACCAGGGUCCUGCAAGUUCAGCUGGCGGACCUGCUGCAGGGAGAUGAGAAAUUGGUCCAGGCGGUGAUUCGGGAGUGCAAGUCAGAGAAGCCGUAUUUAAAGAACAGGACAGGACAGCAGGCCCUGGAGCACCUGGACCACCGGCUGAGCGAGAAGGUGAAGCAGCUGAACGCGCUGCGGCACCAGCUGGGCGUGCGGCAGAAGUGGCUGGAGGAGCUCCAGCUGCGGCACAGCCUCCGCCAGCUGGAGAUGGCCGAAGCGCAAAAUAGCAACACAGAGGUGGCCAAGACCAUGCGGAACCUGGAGAACCGCUUGGAGAAGGCCCGGAUGAAGGCAGAAGAAGCCGAACACAUUACCAAUGUGUACCUGCAGCUCAAGGCCUAUCUCCAAGAGGAGAGCCUUCACUUGGAAAACCGGCUGGACCUCAUGGAGGCGGAGGUGGUGAGGGCAAAACGCGAGCUAGAGGAGCUGCAAGUGGUGAACCAGGAGGCGAUCAACGCCCGGGACAUCGCCAAGAACCAGCUGCAAUAUCUGGAGGAGACCGUGUUCCGGGAGCGCAAGAAGCGGGAGCGCUACAUAACCGAGUGCAAGAAGCGCGCGGAGGACAGGAAGCUGCAGAACGAACGCAUGGAGCGCAAGACCCAGCGUGAACACGUGCUGCUGCAGUCCGAGGAUUCGACCCAGGACAGCCUGCGCGCCAAAGAGGAGGAGCUGAGGCAGCGCUGGAGCAUGUACCAGACAGAGAUGCUUUUUGGCAAGGUCAAGGACGCCACCGGCGUGGCCGAAACCCACGCGGUGGUGAGGCGGUUCCUGGCACAGGGUGACACCUUCACACAUUUGGAGACGCUCAAGAGCGAGAACGAGCAGUCGCUGGUGAGGCUGAAGCAAGAGAAGCAGAGGUUGCAGCGAGAGCUGGAAGACCUCAAGUACUCCGGGGAGACCACAAUUGUGAGUCAGCAGAAGCUGCAGGCUGAGUUGCAGGAGCGCCUCAAGGCGGAAGAGCAGCGGCGCACUGAGGCACAGGAUGAGCUAGAGCGCGCCAUGUGGGCGGUACAGACGAUCAAGGAGGGCCUCGAACACCUGGCGGGCAAGAUGAACCACAUCACAUUGGUGGAGGGCCCUUUCGCGGGAAAGGAGCUGGAUCCCCAGGCAGGUAACUAUCUGCCAGACCUGCUGGGCGUCGUGGAAGAAAAGCUUCUGAAGCUGCAGGCACAGCUCGAGAGCCAUGACGUGCCCGAGAUGCUGCGCCACCUCACCGACCAAGAGUUCUACUCCACCCUAGAGGGAAAGCUGCCCUUGUACAACACCCGCAUCACCCUGCCCCUUGCCAGUCUCAAGGACAAGUUCUUCGACGAAGAGGAAAGUGAGGAGGAGGACAACGACGUGGUGAGCCGCGCGGAGCUUAAGAUUCGUUCCCAGAAACUAAUUGAAUCCCGCAGCAAGAAACGCAAUCGCUCGAAGAAGACCUAGACUCACCCUUGCGUCCACCUGGCGCUUCCGGGCCCCUGCGGAGCUCCCAACCCCUCUGGGUCCAGCCUCGGGCGCAUGGGCCCCUUCAAGGGCUAAACGCAGCCGAGGCAAGGGAGCAGAACGGGCCCGUGGCGCCCGGGAGUAGAGAAGGGGGCCGGGCCACCGGAUGUUCCCACAGUAAAUCUACAAGGCGAGCCUGUGCUGGCCUCAGAGUCGCUCAAUAAAGGUCACCAAUCAACCCCCUGGGUAUUUGCCUCUCCUUGACCCUGCGCCGCUGCAAAGACUGCUGCCCUUAAAAUCCAGGACCCAGACUCCACCUUCUCUGACCUGGGGAGU